UUUGUGUGUUUGUACAGAAUAUUCCCUGAAUAGUGCAGAUCUGUCCUCCCUGUCUGGCUUCAACAGUGGCAGCUCCCUUCACCUGGGCUCCAUGAGCGGCUGGCAGCAGCAGCACAUCCAGAACAUGCAGCAUUCAGCCAGCCUGGGCCAGCUAGGAAACUGCGCUAGCUCCCACUUGUGUCAGGGCUCCAAUCUGUCGCUGCCCUCCGCCCAGAGCCUGCACAUCAAGUCCGAGCCCGUGUCCCCUCCGCGGGAUCGCACCAGCAGCACGGGCCGGCUACGGCGGCGGCAGCCGCCCCAGCAGCAGAACCUCCCCUCGUCCCGCCAGGACUCUGGCCGCUCCCCCGUGGACAGCCUGAGCAGCUGCAGCAGCUCCCACGAGGGCAGCGACCGGGACGACCACCGCAACGACUUCCACUCGCCACUGGGGCUGGCGAGGCCCAACAUGGACGAGCGCGAGAGCCCCUCCAUCAAGCGCGUGCGCCUGUCGGAGGGCUGGGCCACAUGAUGGAUACCCCCCCUGUCCCACGUGGUCCCUGAAGAACCUCCCCCCUCCUAUCCCCAGACCUACCCCCUCACCACUGCCCCCCCGUCAGAGUCGACCCCGAAGCCCCAAAGAAACGCAGCAACCCAGACACUCCCAGAGACCCACCACCCACCCACCAGCCCCCCACCACCACCGUCUCUUACUUUUAGUCGUAUUUCAGCCGUCAAUCAAACACCCCUGGGACCCCCACUGCAGUGUCCCCCUCUCUCUCUCUCUCUCUCUCUCUCUCUCUCUCUCUCUCUCUCUCUCUCUCUCUCUCUCUCUCUCUCCCUCCUCUUUGUCUCAUUACCGCCGAAAGGGAAGACAAAAAUAGUAGCCAUUUCCUGAAAUAUCGUAGUAUUUUUUUUUAUUUUAUUCUUUUAUUUGUUCUUUUAUUUUUUAUUUUUUGCUGAGUGUGUGUGUGCUAAACAUAUGAUAUAAACAAGCGGGGUGAUAUAAUCAGGGUUAGGGAGGGAAAAGGGUUCGGAUCAGGGCAUCAUUUUAUCGGGGGGAACUAUGCAUACAUCGUGUUUUGUGUUGAAAAAAAACGAUUUCAUAUGCAUAUAUAUCUUUACACGUUUGUGUGUGUAUGUGUACAUAUAUGCAUAUCAACAAAUAAACAAAAAAAGCCAGGUACUCUGUUUGUAAAAAAAUAAAUACAUACAAUUUGCCUCAGCGAUAUACCAGUGACUAGACAAAAAAGGAAGAAAAGAAAAGAUUAAAAAAAUAUGAGUGUGUGUGUGUGUGUGUGUGUGUGUGUGAGUGUUGGAGCAAAGAACACCUUAGCACUUGAGUUGGACAACCAGACAGUGUACAGUGUCAGUUUCAUUGCUAUAUAUAUACAUUCUCUGCGUUCUCCCUUGCAAAAAUGUGUGUUAACCUUAGAUGAUGUCAUGUUGCAGGUUCAACGUAUUUAUGUAAAUAGAGCAUCAGGGGGCGGGGAGGAAAGGCCGGGGGUCAAAGGUUGCCAGACAUUAACAAAAUUUAUUUACUCACUAAACGAAAAGCUAUUAUGCAACAUUUGAAGGAUUGUACAGGUAAACAGAUUGGACCCAGUGGUAGACGUGUAUGGAGCCAGUUUGAGGAGCUACUGCUCGGUUUUAGAGAAUCGAAUGGCGCCAGGACCACCCUUUGAUCUAAGAGCUACAUUAAGUAUAACCGGGGAUACUCUGGGUCUUCUAUUAACUAUUCAGUAUUAAUAAACAAAACAAAACAAACAAAAAAAAAAGUUGAAAAAAUUGUACGAUACACUUGCUUAUAUUUUCAUAUGGAAGGAAUACAAUGCAAAGCAUUUUUGUGGCUUUUUGUAGUUUCUAUAAGCCAGAAUGUGUUUUUUGAUAGCUUUGCUAAUAGGAGACGGAUAGUUCAACAUGAUGGGGGGAAAUGAAUGGGUUUUUUAAACCCUAAGCCAUGAUAACAGACUGGAUACAAUGCUUUGCUGAACUGUUUUCUCUUUGUAGAGGUUUGUUUUUAAACGUGUAUUUCUAAUUAUAUAUAAUAACGAUAAUAUUAAGAAUCUUUAAAAAAAAAAUCUGUGAAAUUAACAUGCUUGUGUAUAGCUUUCUAAUAUAUAAAUAUAUAUAAUAAUGAUUUUUUUUUGUUUUUGUUUUGUUUUUGUUGUUUUCUUAGUGGAGUUUUGUAUGUGCCAAUGCACAUAGCGUCUGGUUUGUUUUGAGUUUAGCUCUGGACACUGCUGUUCAGGUCUUUAAUUAGUCUGACCUUGUCAAGCCAGCUGGAAACCAUUGCCAGUGUUUUGUGGAGAUGAGGAAAGACACAUGUCCACGUGGAAAUGAAAAAAAACCUUGAAGUGGAAAAAUGUUUGGAGACUGGAGCUAAGGAGGAAACAAGUCACACCUUGACACACGGUUGUCAUAUUGACAAAUAUUAUUAUUAUUAUUGUUAUUAUUAUUAUCGAUCCUCAGUCCCUCCUUACUGAAGCCCGCAAGUCGGGCCUUAUGUUAAUGAUCGUUUAUAACCUGGUGUUUAUUUUGUUUUUUUAUGUAUUUUUCCAGGAACCAUUUUGAGUUCAAGACUUCACAGACUCUAAAAACGUAACUUUGAGAUAAAAAAACAAACCCCUGACAAUGUAAUACCUCCUUAGAAUCCAUCUUUCGAAACAGGGUUCCAUGUCAUUUUACCGAAAGUCACUGACAUUUUAAAACUAAAUACCGAAGGAAGAAAAAAACAAUCAUGCUGGUAUGGGAGAAGCCCAGUGGUUUUAUUUCAGACAAAUAGCUGUUUUGAUUUAGCUCUUUUUCAAACAACGAGACUAGCCACAUAACUCUGCCUCCCGAUCUGCUGUCACUUGAGUGUUAUGGAAUUUCUAUGUGCAUAUUUCAUGCAGGUUCACGAUGUCGUUACUGUAUACAGUCUGUGUAGUCAGAAACAGGGGCAGAGCCUCUCAGUGUUUCCUCUAUCUCUCUCUAUCUCUUUCUCUCUCUCUCUCUCUUUUUUAAUUCAAUACUAAAGUUUGAGAAAAAAAAAUCAUGAUAUUUCAGGCAGCAUAUGUGUGGAGAAACCAAAGCCAGUGGCAUUUUCUGUGUUGUAAACUCAAGUUUUAUUUUCACAUUCAUUUAUGGUUAUUUGCAAAGCAUUGAAACAAAAAAAUAAUAAAAGAAUUUGCUCAAAUGUACAA